AUGGAAGCGUCCUAUGCAUCUGAGUCCUCGGACUGGGUCCAUGCUGAAGCAACAACAUCUCAAGAAUGGAACACCGACCCCGAAUACCCAGAUAACACCACGGAUCGCAAUCAAGCAGAUCCCACCACCGACCCGGAACCAGACUACUCAGCUCUAUUAUCCUACCCCGAAGAAACAGAUUACUAUGCCCUCCUGGGAUUAUCCCGGACACCGCCGCCCAGCGACGCAGAGAUCCGCUCCGCGUACAGGAAUCUGACGCUGAGUUUCCACCCGGACAAACAGCCCGGUGAGUGGCAGGAGAUCGCGAGACGGCAUUUCGAGCGCAUCCGCGAGGCGUACGACACGCUGAUUGAUCACCGGAAGAGGACUGUGUAUGAUCUCCUGGGCGCCGAGGGCGUCCGGGCGGAAUGGGGUCCCGGCGGGAGUAUGGGGAGGGGCGGGGAGGCGGAGCGGGAACGCAGGCUGGGUGUCAGGGCUAGGUCGCCUGAGGAGUUCCGGAAGUGGUUUUUGGAGGCGAUGAAGCGCAGGGAGAGGAAGGCGAUUAAUUCCAUGGUGCAGAGUCGGGGUUCCAUUGUCUUGGGUAUCGAUGCUUCCGAUAUGAUUUCUGUGGAUGAGGAUGAGGGUGAGGUGUAUUUCAGUGUGCCUUCGGCUAGGCCGUCGAAGUUUAAUGUGGGGUAUUUCUUCAAGGCGCCUUUGCCGACGCCGAGGAAGCUGUUGGGGAAGUUGGAGAGGGAUGAGCCUGUGGAGGAGGGUGCUGAGCAACAGGAGCUGGAGGAUGAGGGCGGUGAUGAGCUGGAAAUGGUCAUUAAUGCUGGGAUUUCGGGUGAGAUGCGGCACUUGGCUCAGAAACUUUCACUCGAGCAUGAGGAUGGAACUACGGAAAUACGCAAGGUUCCGUUGCCGCCAAUUAUAGCCUCGCAGGAGAUCACGCUUGGGGCCACUGUCAAUCAUGUGUUUGGUGACGUUGCAAGCCAGAAGGGGAUCCUGAGCAAGCGGCCUUUCUCGUUCCUCAGAUACUCUGCUGUCUCUGUUGGUGCCAUGGUCUUGCCUGUUCCGUCAGUGCAGGCGAACAUGGUGAAGGCUUUUACGCCUGUUGCCGGGACGAAGCCUUUUAAUGUUAACUUCAGCAGCUCGUUCUAUAAGUCACCUGUGAAAUGCCCGCCAGCAAUGGCCGUUCAGGUCAUGAAAGAGGUGGGUGAUAGAAAGCACGCCUUCUGUAGAUGGCAAAGCGGUACUAUCAGCUGGCCAGGCGCCGUAGAGCGCUUGCUUAGCCCCUUUCUUGACAUUGGUCUAGACGUCGACUCUGCGUUCACCAUUCCAAAACAGAUUAGCCAGUUCCAGGUUGGUUUCGUAUCUCUCCCAAAAUCUCACAGGCAGGCUGCUUUUAUGGAUGACUAUGAUGAACAAUCGGAGAGCGAGGAAGAGGAGAGUGAGUACCAGCAGCUUCGGUCCAAGCAGCGCGCAGAAGACAAGGUGGGCGAAUCUUGGCAAAUAGGCUUUUCUGUUUCUCCUGAAGCAAGUGGCCUACAGCUGAGCUAUGCACGUAAUCUCUUUUCCGGAACGGCCGCCAAUGACCCCUUGCGCUCUGAAUGGAGCUCUGAGGGCCAUUAUGCUUUGCCACCGGCAAAUGAACCUCGGUCUGUGCGGGUUGAAGUGGGCAGUACUGUCAACAUGGAUUUGUCGCUUUCGUGGAAAAUUGAAGGGUCGCGGCAGGUUGGAGAAUUGACUCGCAUGGGACUUGGUAUUGGAGUUGAAGGCCCCCAUGGUCUCGUCAUGACGGUCUCGUGGAGUAGACUUGGCCAAAGAAUCAAACUUCCUAUCGCUGUCUGUCCCAUUGACAUGGUCAAUGCAGACGCUGCCGCGCUUGCUGUCAUAUUCCCAUGGCUGGCAUACUGUGCAUGGGAAUUUGGGUUCAUCCGGCCAAGAGAAAGGAAGAACCGUCGACGUGUGAUAGCUCGACGACAGAAGGAGCUGAAGAAAUUGGUGCCAAUAAAGAGAGCAGAAAGCCUGCAAGCGACUGAAAUCAUGACUGAGCAGGUACGGCGGAGACAAGCGAAGGAGGAGAGACAGGACGGACUAGUCAUUACCAAGGCUGAGUAUGGCCAUUAUCCUUCAAAGAAGAAGGGCAAUGACACCGGUAAGGAAUAUGAGGUGGUAGAUGUUACCACCGCCGUGGCUGGUUUGGUGGACCGUAGCCAGCUGGUGAUUCCCAAGAACAUGGUCAAGUUCCAUAUCCUUGGCUUUUAUGACCCGGCCCCUCUUCUGCCCAAGACCUUGAGGAUUUGGUAUACAUACCACGGGGCGCAGCAUUAUGUAGAAGCCACGGAUUCUGAGGCCAUUGCUUGCCCUAUGCGCACUCAUUUGGUGCCAGAUGAAAGCUGA